GACGUGGAGCGAUCACUGUUUGUUCUAUUGCUGAACAAGGCCAUGUACGGAUUGGUGGAUGGACCGAUUUUGUUUCAGAUGGCUUUCCUACACUUUCUCUUGAGCGAGCUCAAGUUCUACAAGUCGCUGCACGACGACAACUUCCUGUACAAGUUUGACGAGACUGGAGCAACUCUUGCCUGUAUCAUUGUAUUACACGUUGAUGACUUGUUAGUAUUGGCAAUGAAGAGUUUGAUUUCCUGGGUGCAGCAACAAGUUGAGCGAAAGUUUGGCAAACUGAAACAGCAUACGUUACCUUUCACAUGGUGUGGGAUUGUUCACGAGAAGAUCAGAGCGGGACACUUCUUCCUGCACCAGAAGCCGUACCUGAUUCGACUCAAGCCUAUCACCUUGGUCGAGAAGACUGCGGACACGGCCGAGCUUUGCGAUAAGGAUCACAGCUCUUUUCGCUCAUUGCUGAUGAGCAUGCUAUGGCUGACCAAGACGAGGGGUGACAUCCUUCAAGAGAUUGUUCAACUCCAGACCGAGAUGAUCAACCCGAAGGGCAUCCACGUCCAGCAGUUGAACAGCGUGCUGAAGCAGGACUUGAAGGACAACAACUACGAGGUAAGCUCUAACGACGUUGGCGAAUCGUUGGAGCUGGACGACGACAAGAUUUCCCUACUGGAGUUCCUCUCAUGCUAUGAGGAAGAAAAUGACAACGAUGAUUGGAACAAGAUGGAUAUCAUACCCAAAGGUCUGUGA